GUCAAGCUGAGAAGCGGCGAAUUAGUACUCGGGUCGGUGACGACCGGGGAAUCCUCGCUGUUGUAUGUCUUUUUCUUUUGCACUUCUUUCCUUUUCGUAUGUGACUCUUGAGAUAUUUGUUGACACAGGCGCCGCCACGACGCCUUCGACACCACGUCUGAGGUGGGAGAGAAACGGAACCAUGUUAUUCCAUGUGUCUGGUGGCUCUUCUCGCUCAUCCCUAUGUUUUCCUGUCGACGCUUGUUUUUUAUCCCAUGUUCCCCGUGUUUGCUGUUAUUUACGGGUGCUUGGCUUCAUAUGCACGACAUUGAGAUCUGAGACAGGUGGUUCGUGCCUCAGUGGGGGUGUUUGACCGCCACGUGGAAUCAACAACCAAUGAGUGUUGUUCGUCGAGUUCUCAACGAACUCGAGGCCAACCCCAUGGAAAUACUUGGCGACACAGGAUGACAUACACAGAUCAUUAUCCGUCCCGUUUUCCGAGUGCGUCCGGUUGCACGCAGUCUCUUUGUUUCAGCAAUUGAUAUCCUUGUUUCGGCGUUGGUUGGACAUGCACGGCUGUCUUGUUGGUGACGCUCAUACUUAAAUAAACAGCUAGCAGCUCAUCAUCACCCUCACCAUACUCAUCGUCACCAAACGUUGCAUUAUUAGGUUGCAAAAGUAUG